AUGGUGACUUCUAGAUACUUUCUGGGCUCGCCUAAUAAGCAGGCCACCACUGUCGAUGACGUUGCUUCAUCUUUAGCCAAGGCAAGCACGCCCGCUUCCACUGUUGCCUCCAAGGUUUCUUCAACUGAUUCCACUGCUUACUUGAAACUGAUGAAGUUCUCUGAGGUCUUCUCUUACUUUGUUAUGGGCUUGUGCACUUUGAACAAACCCAUUCUUAAUCUCUGCAUCAAGCUCUUUCCCUACACGCCUAUGCCACUUAUCAGAGCUGUUGUCUACAAGAUCUACUGUGGGGGUGAGACUAUUGACGAAGUGAAGAAGACUGGUGAUCGCUUGGUUAGCAGAGGCAUCAACAACAUGAUGAUUUCUUUAACUAUUGAAGCAUGCAACGGUAACGAUAACAUUGAUCCAGAGUAUAUUGUCAACGAAACUGUGAAGUCUGUCUCUGACAUUUUGGUUCCUCACACUGUUAAAGUUAUCGAAGAAUCGGGUAAAGAAAUCAACGCUAUUUCGCCUGGUUACGUAGCUUUGAAGCCUACUGGAUUCUCCAAAAACUCUGCCAUUGUAUUGAAACACUUUAACGAGCCUCAAUAUGCUGCUGAGUUCGAAGAGUUGGUUGAAAGAGCCGCCAAAGUGUGCCAAACUGUUUACGAUGCUAAUAUCAACUUGGCCAAGCAAUUUCCUAGUAGAAGUACCCCCUUUGUUGUUGCUGUUGUCGAUGCUGAAAAGCAUGAACUUCAGGAAGGUGUUUAUGAAUUGCAGAGAAGAUUGUAUGCCAAAUUCAACAAACCCAACAUGCCUGUUUCCAUCGUGGGAACUUUACAAAUGUACUUGUCUCAAUCUGCUGAUUUGCUUGCCUUGGAAGAAAAGUUGGCCAUGGAAAACAACUACAGAUUGGGCUUGAAGUUAGUCAGAGGUGCCUACAUUCACACCGAAGCUGAAAGAAAAUCAAUCAUCCACAGUACCAAAGAAGACACCGACAAGAACUACAACCAAGGUAUCUCGUACUGUAUCGAAUCCAUCUUGGAACGCAGGGGCAACGAAUCUACAAUUGGUCACUUGGUUGUAGCUUCUCACAAUGCUGACUCCUUGAAGUUGGCAACCACCAAAGUUUUCAACGAAACGGCUGGUGCUAACAACAAUCAGCAUAAUGUUGUCUUGGGCCAAUUGCUCGGUAUGGCAGAUGCUAUCACUUACGACUUGAUCAAAACAUACAAGAUCGACAACGUCAUCAAGUACGUUCCAUGGGGUCCCCCAUUGGAAACCAAGGAAUACUUGUUGAGAAGAUUAGAAGAAAACGGUGAUGCCGUAAAGAACGAUAACGGUUUCCCAUUGGUGAAGGCAGCAGUUGGGGAGAUGUUCAAGAGAGUCUUCCGCCUUGCAUAAACUCACCAUCGAUGGUUUAUGGCCACUACUAGUAUCUACAAAAUUACAUGCAUCACCAUCAAUACUAACGAUGGUACCCUGUAUUUCUAUGUUAGUUUAAUAAUGACUUAUGAAUAUAAAAGAUGAAAUCU